AUGCCCCUAGCCGAAGACAGGGUCGCUGAACUCGAACGACAGGUAACUAUGUUAGAGAGAAUGAUUCAAAUGUUAGGUGACACACUUGAUCGCAAGUUUGAUAGGUAUGAACAGGUAAUUGAGAGUCAGUCACAUAAAAUUGCUGAGUUGACCGUCUUAAUGCUUUCAAUGGUCUCUGAGCAACAUAAAUGGAGUGGGUCUCUUAAAGAAAGAAUUUCACAAGUAGCACCUAAAAACGAUGUAUUUUACGAAUUAUUCGAGGGUGGACAAGAUCCUGCUACAGCAACAACGGGACCUGGUGAUCAUCCAGUUCCAGAGACAACAACAGCAAGUAGUUAUGCAUAUCCACUACCGUCUCAUCACACUGCAGUGAAUGCUACUACUGUUGCAGCUGCACCCGCAAUCUCGUCAUCAUCAUCAUCAUCUGCAUCAUCAGUACCACUGCAACCAUCGGCAUCGAUGUCAGAUACACAACAACAUUCACAACCGCAACCACAACCACUAUCACUACCACAACCACUAUCACAACCACCAACUUCACAGAUACAACCGCAACCGCAACAACAACAACAACAACAACAACAACAACAGCAACAACAACAACCACAACUAAAAAGACAGAGACCAAACGUUUUCACGGGUAAAUUUCAUUUCUUAAAGAGUCCGCAUAGCGUUAAAGAAGUCUGGAAAGAGUAUGUGGAAGGUAUAAAUGGACAACCAUCGAUCAGGGAGAUGGAAAGUCUGUAUCAAACUGGCUGGAGACGGGAUCCUGCCGUUAACAAGAGAUACGCGAGGAGGAAAGUUCUUUGGAAAGCAAUUGAAAAUGGUUUAUCAAGAGGAUAUUCACUCGAGUACAUUAUAAAUCUACUAGAAGAAUACAGAUACAUCGAUAAAGAGAAAGGUAUUAAACAUCCAAUUGGUUGGAUCUGUCAAAAUCAUAACAUUCCGGAAGUAUUGCGGUGA